UACUGCUAUAAUUUAGUCUCGUGGCUCUCCGUCACUUCCGUGGAACAAUGGUGGCGAAUCAAAACAACAUGUAUGAUAUUACUCCUUUUAUUUUUACAGCCUCCUUUAUCUUCAAAAAAAAGAAACAAAAAGAAUUACGACACUAGAAUCGUAUGCCCCCUAUAAAUUAAGAAGAGCAUCAGAGCACAUUACACUCAAACGCAUCAGAGCACCAGCCAUGGAACUCCAGCUCCCUUCCUUACCCUUCCUUUCCGCCUUCCUCCUCUUUGUACUCAUAGUGAUAAAGUUGACCAAAUCCACAGCAACACGAAAUCUGCCUCCGAGCCCAUGGAAGCUCCCUAUCAUAGGUCACCUCCACCACUUGCUCGGAGCUCUCCCUCACCGUGCCCUCCGUGAGCUGUCGCGGCGGCAUGGCCCUCUCAUGCACCUCAGGCUCGGACAAGUCGAUCACAUUAUCGUCUCCUCCCCGGAGAUGGCAAGAGAGAUCCUGAAGACCCACGAUCUCAUCUUCGCGUCGCGGGACAAAAUACUAGCUUACAAGGCGUUCUAUGACGGCGCUGACAUUAUCUUCUCGCCCUACGGUAGCUACUGGCGGCAGCUGCGGAAGAUAUGCGUUAUCGAACUACUUAGUGCAAAGCGUGUCAAGUCCUUCAGCAUACAUCGACAAGAGGUGAUGUCCAACCUAGUGGGAUAUAUCUCCACGAUGAACAAUUCCCCAGUUAACCUCAGUGAGAUGUUUCUCCUGACAACCAAUACUAUGACCUCGAUGGUGGCAUUUGGUACAAAAUGCAAGCAUGGGCCGAGAUUCAUAUCAGCAUUGGAGGAACUCCUUGAAUUCCUCUCCGGAUUUUGCGUAGCUGAUCUAUUCCCCUCGUUAACCUUUAUUGACACUCUCAGUGGAGUGAGCUCAACGUUAAAAAAAUGUCACAGGGAGAUGGAUGAGAUCCUCGGGGAGAUCAUCAAGGAGCAUGAAGAGAAGAGAGCAACCAAAAAUAGCAGCAACGAGGAACAGGAACAAGGGGAAGACCUUGUCGACGUUCUCUUAGAGCUAAAAGAAAAUGGUGGACUUGAGUUCCCCCUCACGCUCACCAGCCUCAAGGCCGUAAUCAUGGAUAUGUUCGGGGGAGGAACUGAGACAUCAGCGACGACGCUGGAAUGGACGAUGGCAGAGUUAAUGAGACACCCCGAGAUAAUGGAGAAGGCUCAAGCAGAGGUGAGGCAAGUUUUGAAGGGGAAGGCCAGGAUCGAGGAGGAAGAUAUCAAAGAAUUCCAUUACAUGAAGUUGGUGAUCAAAGAGUCUCUGAGAUUGCACCAGCCGGGUCCGCUGCUCAUGCCGAGAGUCUGCCGUGAGACAUGCCAAGUGGGCGGCUACAAUAUCCCUGCAGGGAGCAGGAUUGUCGUCAACGCAUGGGCUGUGGCAAGGGAUCCGAGGUAUUGGGAGGACCCGGAGAGCUUUAUGCCUGAGAGAUUCGAUGGCAGCUCGGUGGACUACAAAGGUGGCAACUUUGAGUACAUACCUUUUGGUGCAGGCAGGAGGAUUUGCCCGGCGAUGGCCUUUGGCAUGGCCCAGGUGGAGAUGGCCCUGGCCAACGUACUCUACUAUUUUGAUUGGAAGCUCCCUAAUGGGAUGGGCCCCAAUGAUUUGGACAUGACUGAGUCCACUGGGGCAGCCGUGGGCUUGAAGUCGCCUCUGCGGUUAAUUGCUACUCCUUACGUGCUGGGUAAUUAGAUGUUGCUUUUAGGGUAGCAGACUAUGCUGCCAAAUAUCUAUAUGCACUAUUGCAAGCCUGCCUUUAUGCUCGUGGUAUAAAAAAUUAUUGUGUCUUUGCAAUUAAAAUAGUGCUUUUAUGGAGCAAUAAAAGGUUUGGAAAUAAAAUAAAA